UGCAUGGCGGAACAAGGAUGACUGGAGCAUGCUGUGGAGUAGCUAGCUAGCUAACCUCUUUUAGUUAAGAGUUAAUGUUGCUCCAUUAACUUCUAAAACAAGAAACGACAUUUCAAGCUGUUCGGUUUUCUGCGUAGACAGACACUGAGUUUGUAGAGAAAAUACAAACAUUUUGUCUGUUUGCCUGUUUGGUAGUGUGGUCGCUGAGAAGUCUGGAUAUGUGCACUCAGACGAAGGCUGCGGCUCUGAUGGCCAACAUACCGCGGGCAGACAUCGACCCAUCCGGCGUGUUUAAGUACGUCUUGAUCCGCGUGCACAGCAAAGAGGAGGGAGACGACUCGGAGAUAGAUAUAGUUCGAGGAUAUGGCUGGGCUGAGUACCAUGCUGAUAUCUAUGAUAAGGUUUCUGAGGAGCUAGAAAAGGGCGGCCGCCUAGACUGUGAAUGUGUCGGAGGAGGGAGGAUCAAACAUGAUCCCCAGGCCAAGAAGAUCCACGUCUACGGAUACUCCAUGGGAUUUGGAAGAGCAAACCACGCAGUGACUACGGAGAAACUGAAAGAUCGGUAUCCAGACUAUGAGGUGACCUGGGACAACGAAGGAUACUGAACUGAACUAAGAUCCGCCUCGGUUGGACCUCCCUUUCUCCUGGACUGACAUGGCACUCAUCCGUAACCCAUCAUGCAAACGCAGGGCAUGUCAUUAACAACCAUACAGAGUCUGAUACGGAACAUGUUGACAUCACGGUCAUAAUCCAAGGCUAAGACUGACAUAAAGCCACAAGUCUGAUUUAGAAAACAAGCCUUUUUUGAGCUUAUUUUUAUGUUACUAUUUGAGAAGAAAUCUCAAACAAUGUUUUUUUUUUUCCUCACAUUUUUACUCCAUUUGGAUCAAAAACAAAUACGUGAUUAUCUUCCAUAAAUUCAAAUCUCAUCUAGAAUCAUAGAAUAAAUAACAGGUCAUGAUAUACAGCCACUCACUGACUUGUUUUAGAGUCACACAGCCUCAUCAUUUUGACCUAAUCACUAAGAUGUAUUGGAAAUUGAACUUUAAAUGCUUUGUCAUGAUGUAUGUUUCAUAAAUGUUUCCUAAAAUCUGCUUUUAA